AUGGGGAUCGCAGGGCACCUCCUAGCCAGACCAUUUAUACCUUCUGCAACGCUUGUCGAGCUUAGGGAGCAGAUUCUUUCCUCCAAGAUGCUUGCAGACGCUGUGGAGGCCUUAACUGCGGCUGUCUAUCUCUCAAACAAAACGCUCGUGCGGGACACUUCGAAAAACAGUCCGGAAGCAAGGAGCGCCUCGAAAACAUCCCAUACCGAGACUCGCCUUGGGGUAUCAGGACACUUAGGUUCCUUUGAUGGUCUCAUUGCAGCUGCAGCGUUCCUCGAUCGGUUUGUCCUUAAGGAAGCCUCCACGGACACUGGAGAAGAGGACACCUUGAAAUCUCACCUUCAAAUGGAUGAAUCGUCAAGGCUGCCCCCAAUAGUUAACGUCCUGACGGCUACUGCACAAGUCUCGGCUUCAAUCUGUUGCACUCCUGCAAGCGAGCCUGAAUGGGCUCAGCUGGAUGCAACGCCGCUAGUCGCUGGAGUGCCUCAUGCUCCCCUACGACCCGACCCCCGAGUAAUCGCUUUAUUGCAGCAGCUCAUGAGGGUCUCCCACGAUUCCACAGCCACAAGCGCAUCUUUAGGUAUUUCAGCUGAAAGAGACUGGAGAAAUGAGGAAGCUGUCUCUGUAGGAAAGGCCUCCCAUCAAGCAAUCUCCAACUUAUGGCUAUCCCCCGCAAAGGUAUCCUCUGAGGUCGCUUCGCCAACCAGUUCAAAUGAAUCCAGUGGAGCGGCCUUCUGGAGAGAUAGAGACCUUAAUCUGCCCCUUGUGGCUUUGUCACGGACAGCAGAGGCGCCAGCGGCGGCUCGUGGGGGCCCUACUGCAACUUACCAGCUUCUGGAGUUCCUUGGGGACUCUGCACUGGGCUUUGUGGUGUCUGAGUGGCUAUUUUCUUUGUUUCCCGAGGUCCGUGAAGGGCCUCUAACGAUUAUUAAGAGCCGCUUGGUCUCCAACUCGUUUUUUGCUGCCAAGAUGAUGCGCAAGUUGCAUGCAGCCGGGCUUUCGUAUGACUCUCUGGCUCUUGGUUGGGACAGUUUCUCAGAGCCUCAGUCCUGGCCAUGUCUCUGCGUGAGGUAUGGCGACAUAGGGUCUUCCUGGAUCCCAAAUUUAGCAUCGAGUGCUUUUGGUGGGCUUAUCGGUUCACUUUGGAGCGAGGAGGAAGCUGCGGGGUGUGGACUGAGGGCCGGAUCACCCUGCCGCUGCUGCUGCUCCGGCUGCAGCAGCAGGAAGAGAGAAAGGGUAAUUCAGCGCCUUGUCGCGCUACCACCUGAGGAAGACUUUACGCGUGAGGCGGCAGAAGUGCUCUCGCGGUUAGCCCACAGUCCCAGCAAUGCUGCAGGAGACAACAGCAGCGGCUGUAGCAGUAAUACACCGAAAUGGGUUAAACAGUUAGGGGACAUCUACGAGGCCCUUGCAAGCGCCACUCUGCUCUCCUCGGGCUUCUCUUUUGAGGCACUAUGGGCGGCGGUGUCUGCGGACUUCGAGAUCUGCAUUCCCCAGCUAGAGUCCUUUCUAUUAGCCCUUAGUCGUGCCAGGAGUAGUCAAGAGGAGCAUGUUGACACCUAG